AGCGCUUUGCAUACUGACUUCCGCCCCGCUCGGCUCUCCGCAUCAGCCGGCGAGCAGCAGCUGAUCUGACAGGACUGGGGGGGGGGGACCUAAAAGCCUCCGUGCGGGGGACUCGGCGGAUGUCGUGCGCGGUCGGUUCUGCUCGGAGACCCUCGGAAAGCAGGACCCGGAGCUCGGCGGAUGUCGUGUGGACUCGGUUCGGUUCGGCUCGGAGACGGACCGGGUUCCCCGAUCCGGUUUUGAUGCAAAGGGAUUUGCCACUUUCCCCGUGAAGAGGCGGACCUCGGAGACGCUGCGAGUUCAAUAUGCUGAGGCAGUCCCCGGUGUUUGUGUACUGUACGUGGAAGUACAGAGACUGUCUGUCUCCAACUCACAGCUCCCCGUGAGGAUUUAAUGUUGCUCCUGCGCGGUCUGGACUCCUCACAGGCUGCAUGUGCGUCUCUGCUCUCCUUUUUAGAGCCAUUUUUUAAUUUUUUUAAUUUUUUUUUUGUUGUUGUAUCAGAAAUGGGGGGCUUGCUGGCGGUGGCAGUCUCCCCUCUGAAACAGCCCACUAGAGGCUGUUAGUUUUUAUUCUUUCAGAGGCUGAAAGAAUAAAUCUACAUUUUUUUUUUUUUUUUUUACUUCGUGACACCACAUUUUUUUUUUCUGUUACUUAAAAAAAAAAAAAAAAAAAAAAGAAAGAAGAAGCCAGAUUGCAUUGCUUGCUGUGUCUGACCCUGACAUUUCACCCACCCAUCUCGGAUACUAGAUCUCCACCAUGAGUUACAUCCACAGGCUGGUGAAUGUAUUGCUACGUGGACUCGUCAUCUAUGCGGUACUGGGCUUGGAGUGCACUUACUCGAAUGAUCUGCCCAGCCACCAGCCUGAUGCUGACACUGUAGUCACCACAGAUCCGUGCCUCAUCGUGAUGCCGCCAUGCAUGGGCGACGCCGACCGCUUCAGCCUGGAGGCGCUGCGGCACAUCCACAAGCAGCUGGACGACGACAACGACGGCGGGAUAGAGGUCAACGAGAGCGUGGAGUUCAUAAUAGAAGACAUGAAGCAGCAGCAAACCAACAAACACAGCAACCUGCACCGUGAGGACCAGCACAUCACAGUGGAGGAGCUGUGGAGGGGCUGGAAGACCUCUGAAGUUCACAACUGGACGGUGGACGACUCGGUGCGGUGGCUGAAGGACUCGGUGGAGCUGCCGCAGUACGAGAAGAAUUUCCGGGACUUCGGAGUCACCGGGAACACUUUACCUCGAAUAGCGGCGAACGAGCCGUCGUUCAUGUCGAUGCAGCUGAAGGUUUUAGACCAGCGGCACAAGCAGAAGCUCAACCUGAAGGCGCUGGAUGCCGUGCUGUUCGGGCCUCCCCUCCGGCCGCAGCACAACUGGAUGAAGGACUUCGUCCUGAUGGUUUCCAUAGUGAUCGGCGUCGGCGGCUGCUGGUUCGCGUACGUCCAGAACAAAUCCAGCAAGGUGCACAUCUCUCAGAUGAUGAGGGAUCUGGAGAGUCUGCAGCACGCCGAGCAGAGCCUGCUGGACCUGCAGAGCCGCUUGGAGAAAGCUCAGGAGGAGAACCGCACGGUGGCCGUGGAGAAGCAGAACCUGGAGCAGAAAAUGCGGGACGAGAUCACGGGAGCCAAGAAGGAGGCGCACAGGCUGCGGGAGCUGCGGGAGGGGGCCGAGUGCGAGCUGAGCCGACUCAAGUACGCCGAGGAGGAGCUGGUGCAGGUACGGAAGGCCCUGAAGCGAGCGGAGAAGGAGAUGCAGUCGGAGCGCUCGGUGCCCGAAGCGCUCCAGAAGUGGCUGCAGCUCACGCACGAAGUGGAAGUCCAGUAUUACAACAUCAAGAAGCAGAGCGCCGAGUUCCAGCUCUGCGUCGCCAAAGACGAGGCGGAGAAAAUAAAAAAGAAGAGAGGCACGGUGUUCGGGACGCUUCACGUCGCCCACAGCUCGUCGCUGGAUGAGGUGGAUCACAAGAUCCUGGAGGCGAAGAAGGCGCUGUCCGAGGUGACGGCGUGCCUGAGGGAGCGGCUCCACCGCUGGCAGCAGAUCGAGAAGCUGUGCGGCUUCCCCGUGGUCAAUAACUCGGGCCUGCCCAGCCUGACGGCCAGCCUCUACUCCGACCACAGCUGGGUGGUCAUGCCGCGCGUCUCCGUGCCCCCCUACCCCAUCGCCGGCGGCGUGGACGACCUGGACGAGGACACGCCCCCCAUCAUUCCACAGUUCACCACGUCGACCCUGAUGCGACCCCCGCUGACCCGCAGCAGCAGCCUGUGCCGCUCCCGCCGCAGCAUCAUGAACUCGCCGCAGUCGCCGCUCAUGUCGCCGGACCCGGACCUGCUGUCCAUGGCCAGCUCGUCCCUCUCCUAUCACCCCGAGGCAGAUGACGAACAUAUCAUGUUCAGCUCGGAUAGGAGGGGGUAUGUAGCGGUGGCCGGAACGCCGCGGAAUGGUUUUACAGUUUGGACUCACAGGGAAGCGGCUCAGGAGACGAACCCCGACGCCGACGGCCUCAACUCGUCGGUGGUCCGCAAGCAGCUGCACAACUCGGAGCCGCCGUACCGCAAGAUCUCCCGCGAGGAGCUGCUGCUGUUCAGCCCGAGCUCGGAGCUCCCGCCGCCGCCGCCGCCGUCCACCGCCUCCCCCACCGCCGCCACCACCACCAGCAGCAGCAGCAGCAGCAGCCUCAGGGACUCCACGCCGCCCCCCCUGCCGCCGCCCGCCACCCCGUCCGGCCCGCCCUCCACCUCGCCCUCCCCGGCGCUGGAGCGCCAGCCCUUUGCACAGAGAGGCUCGCCCGACCUCACGCGCAUCUCGCCCGAGUCCCAAAGUGUACCUUUCACGCAGGGGAGCGCCCUGCCCUCGCCCACGGGCAAGGGCGUGUACAACGGCGUCUUGGAGAAGUCCUACAGCUUCGGCCAGCUGCCGGCCAGCAUGCUGCCCAAGGUGGGGCGCCACCCGUCCAUCACCUCCCUGGACUCGGAGGGCCGCAGCUUGGGACGGGAGUACAAGCUCCAGAGCGCCUCCUCCCAGGACUCCAGCGACAAUGGAGAGAAAAUCAAGCGCUCCUCGUCUAAAAUCAAAAGCCUAUUUAAGAAGAAGAAAUAAAAAAAAACUUUCGGAGUGAGAUAGUGAGUGAGUGAGAGAGAAGAAACAUAAAGAGUUUUAGCCCGAAUACUAAAAAAAAAAAGAAAAAAAAGAAGAAGGACAUCACUGUAAGCUAAAACGUUUUAUUUUCUCUCUGGAUUUCUUCUUUUUCUUUGUCAUCAGAGAUGGAAUGUAGCUCAGUCUGGGUGCCUUGAAGUGUUCUCCAGGUUGGUAGCCUUAUUUUUCAAUAAUGCCUUUUAGUUUAGUUCACUCACAGCCUCGGCCGGAAGCCCGCGGAUCCCCCGGGGGGUCGCGGCGGACCGCUCGCCCGAAUAACUCCUGCGUUCCUUCACGGUCAACUCUUAGGGCCUCUAUUGUAAAACCGCAGCACAAAAAAAAAAAAAACAAAACAGAACAGAAGAAAAAGAAAAAAAGAAACAGCACAAGCUUCUUGGCAGUCGAGCGUGUUUUCUCGCGCCGUCGGGGAAAACCGCACUGCGACCAAACGGCGUCGGCCGCGCGGACGUCUCGCGAAAAUGCAUGCGAGUAGAAGGACGAGUGAAUCCCCUGUACGCCACCUGUACCGUACGCCGCCGCACUUUGUCCUCGGCUCGGGAGUGAAGGAACGCACAAGUUAUUGCAAGAAGGAAGCAAAAACGAAAAAAAAGAUCCCAACAGGUCAAGAAGAAAGGUCACUGUCGUUUCUUAAUUUCGUCUUGAGUUCGAACCAAAAAGCCACUAAGUCGAAGGGUCUAAAGGGGCAGUCUGUACAUUCAGCUCCUCGCGUUUGCUGUUCUUACUGGAUAUAUUUAAACCUCACUUUCAGCACACGCCCACUUAAAGAGGAAGAAAAACAACAACAAAAAAAAAAAAAGGUAACGCAGCUUGGUCAAGCCCCCCCUUUUUUUUUUUUUUGUUAAAUUAUUUUUGUUUUUCCUUCUCAAGUGUCCUACCUUACGUCUCCUCGGUGGAAUGGUGGAUUGCAGCUUGUGAAGUGUCUGAGUCCUGAACUCACGUACUUGAUUAAUUUCCUUUUUUUGGAGAGGAAAACAAAAAAACAAAAAAACAAACAAACAAAAAAAAACCUGCUAAAAGUUAGUUGCACUACUGCUUUCCUGGUAUUUUGGGAAAGAGCCGCUGCUUGCGGAGUACAUAUUGAAAAAAAGAUGUAGAGAUGAGGGGGAUGCAUGGGCAGCCGCACUGACCGGCGCCGCACAUGAUACCAGAGCCACAAUUAUCUGCGGCGUCUUCAGUGCCACUGCUUAUGGAUUCCUCCAUAUAUAUAUAUAUAUAUAUAUAUAAAUAAAUAUAUAAAUAUAUAUACUUUGUUUUCACAUGUUCUAGAUGUUUUUAAAUAUUCAUAAACGGUGGUGGUUCCUAUGAACCGAUGGAAGUUUUUCUUGAAUAUGCAGAUUUCGUCCACAUCGGUCACGUUUCCCCGGAUUCCAGCCUCCCCGUUGUUUACUUGACUCACUGCAUCCUGUAGCCAGUCAUCCAUACCUUUUCUGUUUAUUUUUUGGUCUUCUUUUGACUACCCUCUCUUCUCGCACGUGGCGCCGCCGCCAGAUUUUGGUCGAAUCUCGGACGCAUUUAAAGGUACUUCAGCGUGAGACAUUCUUAUUAGGCGUGUUGUGCCUUUAAAGGCGCACAAUAGCAGAAAUGUUUCUGUUGCAGCUGUGGAAUUGAGUCCAAGAAAUUAUUUGAUCCAGAUCUGACGGCUGCACCAAAUGCUCGCCGCCCCCCACCCCCACCAAUCCGACCCCCGCACCACUCUAAAGCUCGAGGCCGACCCAUGCAAUACCCCGUUCCUCACCUCUGGGCCCGCAACCGAGCGCACUGAUGUCAAGAGCUCCUGCUUCACACUGUGAUUUUCUCUGGCUUUCUUCCCUUCUUCAUCCCGGACCUGGGCUGUCACCGCGGUGAAACCAUGCAAUGUCAGGGGGGGGGAGGGGGGGGUUGGGUGGGAAGGGGUGACGGCGUGCACGAGGUGUGUCUGGGAGAGAGAGAGAGAGAGAGCGUGUGUGUGUAUGUGUGUGUGAGGAUCUCCAGUGUGGCCUCUGUUUUAAAACGAAAGAAGACUGAAGGUUCUGGACGACGCGGCACACGGUGAAGGAAACCGACGGACGGACUGCAAGAGGAGGAGGAAGUGAAUGUUUACGAGACGCUAUAGGGGUUUUUUGAGAACAUUUUGUGUGUGAUUAUUUGUAUACUGUAGAAGAAUUAAUAAAAAAAAAAAAAAAAAAAGGAGGAAAAAAAAUGGAGG